UUCAAAUGAUUAGAAGGUAAAUCAUCAUAUUAAUGUGCUUCGUAGAAGUCCACUUUAUAUUUAUCGAAUAAAACCAGGAUUCAGUACAUUAUUUACUUGUGCACAACAAAAGAAACUUUUGAAGUAAAAGAUAUGAGUGGAUUGAGAUGGUUGAUUGUUCUGUUUGUUUUUACUUAUGCUGGUAACAAGAUCACAGGAGUAAACACGAUUUCAAAGAAAACGGUGGAGAUUCGGGCUAGUAUGAAGCAUAAGCAUGCUGUAAAAAGCAUCCAGCAGAGCGAAGAUGGCGAUAUUAUGGACUGUGUUGACAUCUACAAGCAGCCAGCAUUUGAUCAUCCUGCUCUAAGAAAUCACAAAAUUCAGAUGGCUCCAAGCUCCAUGAAAACAAUGCAGAUGGAAGCUGUGUCAGGGAACAAAGAGUCAAGCAUGAUUCAAACAUUUCAGUUAUGGAGAAAGAAUGGAAGUUGUCCCACUGGAACAAUUCCUAUUCGAAGAAUCAGAGAUAUCAAAAGCUAUUCAUCACAAAACUAUGGAAAGAAGGUUCCUAGCUUUCCCUUUCACCCAAAGAAGCCCAAUGUCGAUAGAAAUUCCAACAAUCUCGAAGUAAACCGUUCGCUGGCGAUUCUGAUGACUGAUGGAUUUAACUUCCAAGGUGCCAAGGCAGACAUUAAAGUCUGGACUCCAAACGUAGAACAUGAUGAUGAGUAUAGUGCUUCUCGUAUAGCUCUAAAAACAGGCCAUUACUCUAGCUAUGAAAGUCUUGAGUCUGGAUGGGCGGUGAAUCCAAGCGUGUAUGGUGAUAAAGAUACUCGGAUAUACACAUAUUGGACGGUUGAUGGUUCUCACGCAACAGGUUGCUUUGAUCUCUUUUGUCCCGGUUUUAUACAGACUAGCAGUGAAAUAGCUCUUGGUGGUGUAAUUCGAUCAAUCCCUGUUCCCGGUGGACUUCCAUGGAUCAUGACACUACACAUUGUUAAGGAUCCAAUAACCAUGAAUUGGUGGCUGCAGUACCAGGAAACAGUCACGAUAGGUUACUGGCCUGCUGAAUUAUUUGAGAGCUUAAGUAUAACAGCAGCAUCAGUUCAGUGGGGAGGGGAAGUAUAUAGCUCGAGGCUUCAGCAUCCAGGUCAUACUCAGACUGAGAUGGGGAGUGGAGAAUUACCAGACUGGGUUCAAGGAACCUCAGGUUGGUUCAAGAGAAUACGUAUUCAGGGAUAUUCUAUGUACCUUAGGUAUCCCGAUUGGGUAUACACUUAUAAAGAUGACUACAAUUGCUAUAAUCUCAGAUUACAUUGGGAAUAUGUUGCUGAUCCUGAAUUCUUCUUUGGUGGCCCUGGCAAGGGCUGGGAGAGCUGGCGAUGUAAUUAGUCAUCAUUACAUACCCACUGCACUUCCUGCUUGUUCCUUCAUUUCUACUGCUAAUAAAAUCAACUUCCUCUUAUUACUGCAAA